AAUGGAAGUGCCAAGCAGCCGCGGGAGCCAAUGCCCAGCCCCGUGUCACCGUCACCGGAGCAGCGACUCACAGCCUCAUCGCACAGGGACCUGUCACAUCGGAGGUGUCACACCAGGUGAAGGAUGGCCCUCUGGGUGUUCUUCUUCGUGAUCCUCACCCUCAGCAGUGGCUCCCACUGCUCACGGCCACCCUCACCGCCCCUCAGGAUGCGGCGCUACGCAGAUGCCAUCUUCACCAAUAGCUACCGGAAGGUGCUGAGCCAGCUGUCUGCUCGCAAGCUGCUUCAGGACAUCAUGAACAGGCAGCAGGGGGAGAAGAGCCAAGAGCAAGGAGCAAGGGUACGGCUUGGCCAUCAGGUGGAUGACAUAGGGACAGACCAAAAGCAGAUGGCACUGGAGAGCAUCCUGGCAUCCCUGUUGCAGAAGCACAGCAAAAAUUCCCAAGGAUGAAGCCUUCACUAGAGGCUUGGGCCACCUGUACCCAAAACAACUGGAUCCAGUUAACCUACUUCAGUUCUGACCUAUUUUUCCCUCUGUAAAUACAAUAAAAUUCCCCCAUGCUGCAGGCCUGUA